AGUGUAACCAACAACAGGCCAACUUAAAGACUGUUUCUUUUUCAUGUUUAAUUUCACACCGCUGAAACAAGUGUUCCAAAUUUGUCACCUUUCCCUACCUCUCCAUUCCAAAUCCAACCCCACUUCAUCUUCCACAAAAUGCUGUCAUCUUCAUCAAUAAACACAACCACCACCACCUGCAACAGGAACAACCUGAACCACCAAACCCCGACAACCAACAACACUACCAACAACAAAGCCAUGGAAGAUGUAUGGGACGGCAUCAACCUCACUUCCUUAAGCGGCCACAACUCCGACACUACCCCCACUUCCAAAGGUGCAAAUUUUCAAGACUUUCUAGCUCGACCCUUUAACAGCUUCACUGUGGACACAUCUCCGGUGACUGCUCUCACCUUGAGCACGUGCUCUGAGUACCCUCCCCGGCAAAAGGACCUGCAAUUGGUGCAUAAUGCUUCAAAGACCGAACCUUUUGCCCACCCAUUUUCAAAUAAAAGAGCCCCACCUUCAAGGGACAUGCGCGACGCACGACUCAUGAAGAAUCGCGAAUCUGCUGCUCGAUCCAGAGCCAGAAAGCAGGCUUACUUGUUUGAGUUGAAGCAAAAAAUCAAGCAGUUGCGAGAAGAGAAUGCAAGACUCAGAAAACAGCAGCAACUGCAGUUGGGUGAAAGCGCAACGAAUGAGUGGAAGAAGGGCAAUCUAUAUCGAACAUAUACAGCUCCAUUUUAAGAAGCAUUUUACUAUUAGAGUGAUCCUUUUACCCAGAGGCACGUUCCACUGAGACAGAAAUGUACCCUUUAAAGUAUGACAGCAUUAUGUGGCCCUAGCUUGGUAGUUGUAGAUAUUGAGAAGCUCCAUCUUCCAUAAAUGACUAUCUCAAUAGUUACUCCACAUGUGCCUAAAUAUUUGACCAUUAUUGGUUGAUAGUGUGGGUGACAUACUUCAUAUCUUUAUUUCAAAAGUUCAAUUAUCUGCACAUGUUGUUGUACUCUCUGCUUGUGGACUUUAGACCUUCCUAACAAACAUCAGGA